UGUAGUCCCAGCUACUUGGGGGGCGGAGGCAGGAGACUCGCUUGAGCCCAGGAGUUGGAGGUUGCUAUGAGCUGUGAGCUGUGAGCUGUGAUGCCACGGCACUCUACCCAGGGCGACAGCUUGAGACUCUGUCUUAAAAAAUAAUAAAUAAAUAAAUACUGAGCUUUUAUUAAUUUGCACUGUUUUAUUGACAAUACACACAUCGUAUCUUUUGAUUUUGAAGGAUAUCUCAUGUCAAAGGAAUCAAGUUACAAUAUUAUAGAGGAAUCAGCUGGAAUACCCUGGGGGUACUGGCUGAGGGUAGUGAAAUGCCUACCAAGACAUGAAGGUUUUGGCUACUACUGUCAUCCUUGGGAGCCUGGCGUUGGCCUCCCUGCUUUUGGUGGUGACUACACUUAAAACACUGGCCAUUCCUGAGAAGCUGCAGGACGCUGUGGGGAGAGUUAUUGUCAAUGCCACAAGCUGUACUGUCACAUGUGGCCUUGGCUACAAGGAGGAAACUGUCUGCGAGGUGGGCCCUGAUGGAGUGAGAAGGAAGUGUAAGUCUCAGCGCUUGGAAUGUCUGACCAACUGGAUCUGUGGGAUGCUCCAUUUCACCAUUCUCACCGGGAAGGAAUUUGAGCUUAGCUGUCUGAGUCCAGACAUCCUGGAGACUGGACAGGAAGCUUUCCGAUUUACUUGGAGACUUGCUCGGGGGAUCAUCUCAACUGAUGACGAGGUCUUCAAACCCUUCCGAGUUAAUUCCCACUUUGUGAAGUUUCAUUCUGCUCAGGAGUAUGACUCAGGAACAUACCGGUGUGAUGUGCAGCUGUUAAAAAACUUGAGAAUUGUCAAGAGGCUUUACUUUGGGCUGAGGGUCCUUCCUCCUCACUUGGUGAACCUGAAUUUCUAUCAGUCCCUAACUGAGAAUCAGAAGUUAAUAGAUGAGGGCUUGGAAGUUAACCUCAGCAACUAUUCCAAGCCUUACCACCCAAAGUGGGAAAAGAAGGUAGCAUUAGCCUUGGCAAUAGGUAUUGCCAGUGGAGUGGUUGUUGGUAUGUUGGUGAGCACUGCCUUCUGCCAUCUGCUGAGGGGGACCUUUAGCAAUGACACCCUCCAGAGCUUAAAAGCCUUGUUCCAGAAGGCCUGGAUGACUUUUCUGCUUUUUAGGAAGCGAAACUUUUUAAAGGGGAAUGAAUGUUCUGGUUGCCUGAUAGUGGAGUGGCUAAGAUGGAGGGCCCCUACUGCCAAUACAUGAUUAGGGGAUGUGGAAGAGGGAACCUUGUGGCAGCUCUGGGCAAUCAUCUCUAACUUCUUACUGUCCCAGAUGAAUUUCUUUCUGAUCUUCCCUGCCUUCUAGGUCCUUAGGAAACUGUAGGCAUCGCCCCUGUUCUUGGGAAGAGUUCUAACAUGCAGCUUGCAUUCAUUUUCUAUCCUUUACAACUUGUAUGUCUUCCCACCUCCAUUUCCCCUUUUAUGAGCAAAGCAUUCAAGUAGAAGGAUGUAUUAAUAGCUUUUAUAGUGAAAGCAUUUUUUCCCCUUCAAUAAAAAUAAUACACAAUAGCUAUAUGGAGAUUUUCUUUUCUGCUUUUAGUUUAAAAUUUCUUGAUUUGUUUAAAUUGUCCUAUAAUUAAUCUGGCUUUCAUUUUCUUUAGGUUUCUUAGAAUAGACAUUGAAUAAAUUGUCUGCUUUGUUGGGAGGGCUACCUGUGUGGCAGAGGUUGUUAGUAAUGACAUCUGACUCAGGUAUGUAGAAGUCACUAAAUGUUAAUAAAUUGUCUGCCACUCACUCGCCAGGUGAGCCCUCUGUUCAGUGUUAAAGUGCAUUUCCUGGGAAAACAAUGGCUCCUUCAUCUGGCAGUUUCCCUGAUGAUUUAGACAGUCCUUGACUUGCUCCCUGCUCCCUUCCUUUUAGCUCUUUUGGUGCCCUGAAGUUUAUGUUUCUGGAAAGGUCAACUGUAUUAGUUUCUUAUAGCAGUCAAGGCCCCAAAGGGAGGAGUGGUACCAUUAUUCCUCCAUAGGAAAUUUACUCAUAAGAGGCUCAGGGGCCAGACUAUGCCUAAGAUAAUUGGCUUGUGGAACCAUCCAGGAAAAGCUAACAUCUUGGCCAUCAGCUGAACUAAUUCUACUGAGGAUAUUAUAGCAUUUCUUUCUUUCACUUUUCUCUAGCUACAGGAAGAGGUAGCAGGAACUAGAGACCAGUAGUUCAGUUCUUUAGAUGUGUGUCAGAAUCACCUGGAUGACGUUUUAAAAAAUAAAGAUUUCUGAGCCCUAACCCUGAAGAUGCUAAUUCAGUUUAGAUGAUGGCCAAAGGAGCUCUGUUAUUUCCUUUACUUUUAACUUUUAAAGUAAA